AUGGUUUUUGGAACCUUGUACACGUUUCCUGGCGAUCACUGCCGAACGAUAGCCAUCAAGGCUGUCGCCAAAGCUAAUGGCCUCGAACUGGACAUUCGCGAGACCCCCAGAACUCCCGAGCAUUUGAGCGUUAGCAAGCUCGGCAAGGUCCCUGCCUUUGAAGGUGCGGAUGGCUUCAAGCUCUUUGAAUGCAUGGCAAUUGCUCUCUACAUCACUUCUCAAAAUGAAGAGACCACUCUUCUCGGAGGCAACAAGAAGGAAUACGCGGAUAUCAUCAAGUGGAUGUCUUUUUUCAACAACGAGAUCGUCAUUCUUAUGACUCAACAAUUACUGCCCCAGCUUGGUGUGAUGCCCUACGACAAAGACCAGGUGGAGUUGUUCACCAACAUGACCCAGAGAUCCGUCGAUGUGGUCGAGGAGUAUUUACAAGACCGCACGUUCCUCGUUGGCGAACAGCUAUCCCUUGCCGAUCUGUUCUGUGCCGCAAACAUUUCUCUUGGCUUCCAACUCUUCUAUGGCAAAGCCUGGAGGCAACAGCACCCCAAUGUGUCUCGUUGGUACGAGAUGGUUUGCCAUCAGCCCAUUUAUGCGGCCGUGACCGACAAGUUUCAGCUUCUGGAUGAGCCCAAGCUGACCAACAAUCCGCCUCAAAAGAAGCCUGAGACCGCCCCCGAGAACGGUGCUCCUGUUGCUGUUGAGGCUACGCAGGAUUAG